AUGUCCAAUAAACAAUUAUCUCAAGUUAAUAUUGACGAACAUAAACCAUCGUAUUGGCAAUUAUAUUCUUUUGCCAGUAGAAAAGAUUGGUGUAUAAUGAUUUUUGGUUUAAUAUUUUCUGCUAUUAGUGGUGCUACUACGGGUGAAGACUUUCAAAAAACAGUUAAUAGUAACACAUUAUUCUUUGUAUACCUUGCCAUUAUUACUUUUGUUGCCACUUAUAUUUAUAUGGCAUGUUGGGUUUAUACUGGUGAAAGAAUUACACGAAAAAUUCGUGAAGCUUAUCUUCGUGCGAUACUUCGUCAAAAUAUUGCUUAUUUCGAUAAAAUUGGUGCUGGUGAAGUAACAACUCGUAUCACCUCUGAUACCCAUUUGAUCCAAGAUGGUAUUAGUGAAAAAGUUCCCGUAGCUGCUCAUUAUAUUGGUGAAUUCAUUGCUGCAUUUAUUAUAGCUUUUGUAAAAAGUUGGAAAAUGACACUUGUGAUUUGCUGUGCAAUACCAUUGAUUGCAAUAACAAGUGGAGUCAUGAAUAAAUUCACUUCAGUAUACAUGAGGAAAGCUUUGGACUCUUAUUCAUUUGCUGGUACAAUAGCUGAAGAAGUUAUUUCAACAAUCAGAACUGCUGUGGCAUUUGGAAACCAGAAAAAACUUUCUAAAUUAUAUGAUGUACAUUUGGGAAAAGCUAAAGUUCAAGGUGUGAAAAAAUCUAUAGUCAAUGGUACUUCAAUUGGUGUCACCUAUCUUUUUCUUUAUUCAACAUAUGCCUUGGCUUUUUGGUUUGGAUCAACUUUGAUUUUAUCUGGUGAAUUGGCUUCUGGUGAUGUUGUAAAUGUAUUCUUUGCUGUGAUGAUUGGUGCUUUCUCUCUUGGAAACCUUGCUCCUGAGAUUCAAGCUUUCAGUUUUGCAAUUGGUGCAAGUUCAAAAAUUUUUGAAACAAUUAACCGGGUUCCAGUAAUUGAUUCUUCAUCUGAGGAAGGUGAAAAACUUGUAGAUGGUGUUCAAGGUCACAUAGAACUUAAAAACAUCUCUUUUGUUUAUCCUGCAAGACCUGAUGUUCAAACUUUGGAUAAUGUUUCAUUGGAUAUUCCAGCUGGUUCCACUGUGGCUUUGGUUGGUUCAUCUGGAUCAGGAAAAAGUACAAUUGUAUCACUUGUUCUCAGGUUCUAUGAUCCUGUUAUGGGAAGUAUUACAAUUGAUGGCCAUGAUAUAAAAUCAUUUAAUUUGAAAUGGUUACGUAGACAAAUGAGUUUGGUGGGUCAAGAACCUGUACUUUUCAAUACAACAAUUGCUGAAAACAUUGCUCAUGGCUUGAUUGGUUCAGAGUAUGAGCAACUUAAUGAUGAAAAAAAACAUGAGAUGAUUGAAACUGCAUCUAAAAUGGCAAAUGCACAUGAUUUCAUUAUGAAAUUACCAAACAAGUAUGACACAAUGGUUGGUGAAAGUGGUUUCUUAUUAUCUGGUGGUCAAAAACAACGUAUAGCAAUUGCUCGUGCUAUUAUUAAAAAUCCAACAAUUUUAUUACUUGAUGAGGCCACAAGUGCUCUUGAUACCAAGAGUGAGGGAAUUGUACAAGAUGCUCUUGAUAAAGCUUCACAAAAUCGUACAACUAUAGUCAUUGCCCAUCGUUUGUCAACAAUCAAAAAUGCAACAAAAAUUAUUGUGAUGGAUAAAGGUGUUAUUGUUGAAUCUGGUAAUCAUAAUGAACUUAUGGAAAAAGAAGGUUACUAUUUUAAAUUGGUUGAAGCUCAACAUAUAACAAGUAAAGCUGAAGAUUCAUCAUUAUUAUCAAUUCCAACUGAAAAACUAGAGGAGAUUUUUCCUGAUGAUGUUCAAAUAAGUCGCAUUGCUACAAAUAGGUCAAAUAAGUCAGCAUCAUCAGCAAUAAUAUCUAAAAGGUUGGCUGAUAUUGAAUCUGGUAUCAAAAGAGAUAGUGAUUAUAAAACAUUCGAACUUAUAAGAAAAGUGGUUGCUAUAAAUCGACCAGAACUCCCAUUAGUAGUUCUUGGAUUAUUUGGUGCUAUUGUGGCUGGUUCUGUUCAACCUGUGUUUGCUGUGAUAUUUUCAAAAAUCAUACAAGCAUUUGCUACAACUGGUGACGAAUUAACUCAUGAGGCCAAAUUUUGGUCACUUAUGUUUUUGGUUAUUGCUGUUGUAACUAUGUUGGCUAAUGUUAUACAAGGGAUAACAUUUGGAAUUUCUGGUGAAAACCUUACACAACGUAUACGGUCACAAUCAUUUGCAGCAAUAUUACAUCAAGACAUAUCAUUUUUCGAUGAGGAGAAUCAUACAGUUGGUGUAUUGACAAGUUCAUUAUCACUGGAUGCAACACAUGUGAAUGGAUUGGCUGGUGCAACACUCGGAACAAUUUUACAAGUUUUUGCAACUAUAAUUGGUGGAUUGAUAGUUGCAUUGGCAGUUGGAUGGAAAUUGGCUUUAGUUUGUAUGGCAACAAUACCUUUAUUGAUAGGAUCUAGUUUAUUACGUAUGAAAAUGUUAAAUGGAUUUCAAGAAAAAACCAAAAAAGCAUAUGAACAUUCUGCUCAAAUUGCAUGUGAAGGUACAGCCAACAUGAGAACUGUUGCAGCUCUUACACGUGAAGAUGACUUGUGGAGUAUUUAUCAUCAUUUGUUGGAUGAACCAAUGAAACAAGGAACAUAUAAUGCUUUUUAUGCAUCAAUUGCAUUUGCAGUUGCACAAUCUAUAUUGUUCUUUAUUAAUGGAUUGGCAUUUUGGUAUGGAAGUGUAUUGUUUAGGACUGGUGAAUAUGAUUUACAAAAAUUUUUUACAAUUUUUGUAGCCAUUAUUUUUGGAUCAAUGUCAGCUGGACGUGUAUUUGGAUUUGCACCAGAUAUUGUAAAAGCAAAAUCAGCAGCUGCAUCCAUAAUUGCAUUAUUGGAGAGUAAACAAAAUAUAGGAAAUGAUGGUGAAAGAGUCAAUAAUAUCAAGGGACAUAUCAAAUUUAUCGAUGUACAUUUCCGGUAUCCAACAAGACCACAUGUCCCAGUAUUGAGAGGGUUGACACUUGAGAUCAAACCUGGACAGUAUGCUGCAUUAGUUGGACCUUCUGGAUGUGGUAAAUCAACAACAAUUGGAUUGACUGAGAGAUUUUAUGAAACAACAAUUGGUAGAAUUGAAGUUGAUGGGAUUGAUGCUUCCAAAAUGAAUAUUAAUGAUCUAAGAUCAAACAUAGCGCUUGUUUCACAAGAACCAUCACUUUAUGAUAUGACAAUUAAAGAUAAUGUGUUAUUUGGUGCCAGGGAAGGACAAUCACCAACACAAGAAGAUGUUGAAAGAGCAUGCAAGGAAGCAAACAUACAUGAUUUUAUUAAAGAUUUACCAGAUGGUUAUGACACUUAUGUAGGUGGUAAAGGAGCACAAUUAUCUGGUGGACAAAAACAAAGGAUUGCUAUAGCAAGAGCUUUGAUUCGUAAUCCAAAAAUUUUACUACUUGAUGAAGCAACAUCAGCACUUGAUUCAGAAUCAGAGAAGGUUGUUCAAAAGGCAUUAGAUUUGGCAGCUAAAGGCAGAACAACAUUGGCAAUUGCACAUAGAUUAAGUACAGUACAACAUGCUGAUGUAAUAUUUGUGAUAAAAGAUGGCAAAGUACAUGAACAAGGUACUCAUCAAGAAUUAUUAUCAAAGAAUGGUAUAUAUUAUAAUAUGGUACAAGAACAAGAUUUAAGUACAAAUAAAUAA